AUGGAAAACACAGUGGAAAAGAAUAUUCAACCUGCCCCGUCCUCAUUUAAGGCAGACGUUUGGGCACAUUUUGGAUUCUACAACAUCGAUGGCAAGAAAGAGCUUGAUAAAACUCACGUAAUAUGCAAGCUUUGUAAAGCUAAAAUCAAAUAUUUUGGAAACACUACAAACCUCAGGACUCACAUGGCACGUCAUCAUCCAGAGGAUGCAAACGAAGUUCAGCCAAAAGUAAGAAACAUUCCAGGAGACCAACGCACUCUGCAUCAAUGUUGCAAACUUCCAACCAACUCUGAACGGGCGAAGAAAAUAACUCAAUCCAUAGCCUGUUUUAUUUCCAAAGAUCUGCGUCCCUACAGCGUUGUUGAAAAUGAAGGCUUUCGGUACAUGCUGAAAACAGUUGAGCCUAGAUACGCUAUACCAAGCCGUCAGCUUUUUGCUGAAAAAGCGAUACCUCUGUUAUACGAAGAGACAAAGAAAAAAGUAGCAGAAGCGUUGAAGAAAGCAACAAGAGUAGCCUUAACAUGCGAUGCAUGGACAUCAAGGGCAGUCCAGUCGUAUGUAACCUUUACCGCUCACUAUAUUACAGACAACUGGGAGCUUGAGUCACGAGUUUUACAAACUACAGCAAUAAAUGAAAGCCACACAGCCGCACAUAUAAAGGAGAACAUUCAAUCUGUCGCACAGGAAUGGCAGCUCACAACCACUGACCUGGUAAUUGUUACCGAUAACGCUGCUAACAUGCUAGCUGCUGCACAGCUGGGAAACUUUCAACACGUUAAAUGUUUCGCACAUACCAUCAACCUCGUGGCACAGAGAGCUCUGAAGCUGCCGUCUGUUUUACGUCUGCUGGGGAAAAUUCGGAGAAUUACCGGAUUUUUUCAUCGCAGUGCCACCGCAAAUCAUGUCUUGAAACAGAAACUUCUGGAGCUGGCACCGCACAAGUUGACAACGGACGUGGCUACACGAUGGAAUAGUGCAUUCGACAUGAUCGAUAGAUUCCUGGAGCAACAACCAGCCAUUUGCGCUGCACUUCUCUCUGCUGAAGUAAGAAAAUGUGGAGCCAGCAUCUGCACACUAGACGAAACCGACGUCGCCAACACAGAAGAAGUUGCUGCAGCCCUCAAGCCAUUAAAAGAGGCAACAAACAUAAUGUCUGAAGAAGCCACGCCGACAGUGUCUGUGAUAGCCCCACUACAUGCGCAGCUACUUCACGAAACAAAAGCAGGAUUCUGUGGUGAAACAGCACUCGUCCGGGAAAUCAAACAGGCAAUUCACGAAGAUCUGGCCAAGAGAUACACGAGUGUGACAGACAAAAAUAUGCUCCACAUAUCUUCAAGCCUGGACCCCAGGUUCAAAACACUGCCCUUUCUCUCUCAGGACGAGCAAAAGGACAUACACUCUAAGGUGAUUGCUGAAGCGGCAACACUUGAGGUAAUUUAUUAUAUUUUUUAA